UCAAAGAUUAGUUAGUCAAAAAGUUAUGAAAAGUCGCUACCUGCUGUCAUUCACUUUCAGAGUUCACUCAGGACUGCACAUUACUUGCAUUAUUAAAGAGAUCUAUCACUAGUUCAUCUUUGUCCCUGUUCUUCUUAAUUCUUCCAAUGAUCAUCAAUCCGUUGGCUGCAACUAUGGCCGAAGCGGUUCUCGCGAGCGUUGUGGAGUCCGUCACCGGACACCUUCUUUCCCUUGUCUCUCAGGAGAUCGGACUAGCACGCGGUGUCAGCGCUGAGCUCGUGAAACUCCAGACCACUGUCUCAAUCAUCGGUGGUGUGCUUCGUGAGGCUGACAGGAGACCAGUUGAGGCUGAAGAUACGAAGGAAUGGCUCAAGAACUUGAAAGAGUUGUUCUACGAUGCGGAUGAUCUGCUGGAUGACUUCUCUACUGAAGUUUUGCGCCGUCGGAGAGUGACGGGAGGAGUUGAGCGGAUCUUCAAUGAGGAGAAUGUUUCUGUCCUCCCAAUCGUGGGUGUGGGAGGUCUAGGGAAAACGACAUUGGCACGACUUGUGUUCAACGAUGACAAGGUGACGGAAUAUUUCGAGAUGAAGCUACUUUGGGUCUGUGUGUCUAUCAAUUUCAAUGUGGAGGAUAUUCUGAGGAAGAUAGUACGAGAAUGCACCCCCAGUAACAACGAAGGAAUUGCAAAUCUCCGCAUGAGUGAGUUGCUAGAAAAGCUGAAAAUAUGGAUCGAUGGAAAGAAGUUCUUACUUGUUUUAGAUGAUGUGUGGAAGGACAAUCGGACUAAAUGGUUGGAACUUCGAGAAUUUCUCAUGAGCGGUGCCAAAGGAAGUAAAAUAUUGGUGACCGCUCGCUAUCCUCGUGUGGCGGAAACUAUGACUCGAGAAUUUCAUGAAUUGAGUGGCUUACCUGACGAUGAUUCGCUCUCUCUGUUGAUGCAAAUGGCAAUGAAGGAGGAGCGCGAGUGGAAAAAUCAAAAUCUAGAAAAGAUUGCGAGAGAAAUUGUGAAGAAGUGUGCGGGAGUUCCCCUUGCAAUUAAGACGAUUGGGCGACUGUUAGUGUAUUCUGGAUGUACGGAAGGACAUUGGUUGUAUUUCAAGGAUAAUGAUUUGUCUUCGAUAAAUCAAGAAGAAUGUGACAUUAUGCCAACGCUUAAGUUGAGUUAUGAUUUUCUGCCAUCGCAUUUGAAACCGUGCUUUGCUUAUUGCAGCUUAUUUCCUCAAGAUUAUGUACUAGAACCACGUGAGCUUGUCUAUCUUUGGAUGGCACAGGGAUUUAUUAAUAAACCUCGAGGCAGUGGGAAAACCCUUGAAGAAGUAGGUUAUGAUUAUUUCAAGGAGUUGCUUUCGAGAUCCUUUUUCCAAGACAUAAAAGAAGAUUUGUACGGCGACAUUAUGAGCUGCAGAAUGCAUGAUCUGAUGCAUGACCUCGCACGGCUAGUAGCAGGAGAUAAUUGCAUCACCAUUGAUAGCUCACGUGAAGGGAAGUUCCAAGGAGGAGCUCGCCAUGUAACUACCGAUGAUCUGAAUGUGUUCAAUGGAUUUGAGGGAGAGAGAAGAAUAAGGUCCCUGUUUCUUAUAUUUAAAAAGUGGAUUGAUACUGCUGUUCUGGAUGUUUCAUGUUUUAGAAGUCUACGGGCGCUGCGUAUUCGUUGGGCCAAAAUAACGGAGAUUUCACGUUCCAUUGGUAAACUCAAGCAUUUAAGGAGCCUUGAUCUCUCAGGGAAUGAUGGGUUAAGGUGUCUUCCGGAUUCCAUAAGCAUGUUGUGCAAUUUGGAGAACCUUAAUCUCACAGAAUGUUGGGAUCUAGAAGGAUUACCAAGUGGCAUUACGAAGUUGGUCAAUUUGAGGCAGCUCAGUGUGAGUGGAUGCGAGAAUUUAACACAUAUGCCGAGAGGGAUGGGGACGUUGACUAAUUUGCAAAAGUUAGACGUAUUUGUAGUAGGGGAGGAAUCGAACCAAAAUGCUGCAGGGCUAAACGAGCUGAGCAGACUUAUUGGAUUGAAGAAAGAGUUGACUAUUCGAAGAUUGGAAAGAGUGGGGAGUAGUAGUAUUUCGAGCGAGGUGGAUGCUUCCUUCUCAAUGGAGAAGUUAGCUGAUCUUCAAUGUUUGGUACUAAGUUGUUCCGUCCACCACAGAGAUACAAGCAAUGACGAAGAAGUUUUAGAAAGACUUCGACCCCAUCCAUAUCUAAAGGGAUUGAGGAUAAAAGCAUAUUGGGGUGCCAGGCUUCCAUCCUGGAUCUCUCAACUGCAUAGACUAGUUCAGAUUGAGAUUGCAGGUUGUCACAGAUGCAGGCAGCUAUCACCUGUGGAUCACCUCCCUUUCCUCAAAAGAAUCUCCUUGCGGGGUUUGAGUAAUUUGGAGCAUAUAGAAUUAUCGGAGGGUGGGAGGAUGCCACAGUCUAAUUUCUUUCCAUCCUUGGAAGAAAUAGAGCUGGAGUAUUUGCCUGAAUUCAAGGGAUGGGAGUGGGAGAGGAGGGGCAAUAGAAUUGAAGAGGAGGAUGGCGAUUCUUCUUCUUCUUCUUUGUUAAUGCUCCACAGCUUCUCCGACAAGGUCAAGGUCAAGAUAGAUUGCUGCUCAAGAUUCUCAUACAUGCAUGGUCAACAGCUACUACAACUAACGAGAUGGAGGAUGAAGGAUGUAACUGCACUCCUACUCCACCAAAACGAUCCACUACUUCUUCCCCUUGGCCCCCAACGACCGAUGGCAGUGCUGGUGCCUACUGAUCCAUCUCCAUCGACUGAUUCUCUAUCUCUCACCGCACUGACUUCCCUCUCCAUCAGCUAUAUUGAGGAUGCAGAGCACUUGCCCGUGGAGUUGUUUCAGUCCCUCCCAUCUCUCCACGUACUAUAUAUUAGGAAUUGCCCACGAUUGAAAGCACUCCCUUUGAGGGCAAUCCUCCGACACCUACCCACCCUUGAGACGCUGGCAAUUGCUAACUGUACAAAGCUUGAUUUAUCCACUGAGAACGGUGACGACGACGACGGUGGUGGUAAUGCUGAAGGCAUGACCGAUCUUUUGCAACUACAGGGCCAUCAUAAACUUCGCCAUCUAAGUAUCCUGGGAGUUCAUAAGACGGAGUGUUUGCCUGGGUGGUUCCAGUACUUCUCCAACCUCCAAAUUUUAACCAUUACGGAUUGCAAGGGUUUGAAGUCUCUUCUGCCUGGAAGACUGAUUCUUCCGCUUCUCACCAGCCUCGACUCGUUGGUGCUAUCCUACUGUCCAGAACUUGACUUAUCAAUAGGGGAGUCAGAAGACAUGCCGAUGGCGGCUUAUUCUCAGUUCACUAAACUCCGCGAGUUGGAAUUCUACGAGAUAGAAAAAAUGGAGACUCUCCCGUGGUGGAUUCAGCACCUCACUAACCUUGAAUCUUUAGUGAUCAUUUCCUGCGAGAAUCUGAAGGCUUUGCCUGAGUGGUUUCCCAAUCUCACCUCACUCGAACAUCUUGCAAUUUGUUCCUGCGGGGAGGAGCUGACAAGAAGGUGCCAAGGGAAAAACGGAGGAGGAGAGGACUGGCCUAAGAUUUCUCACAUACCGCAUGUAGAAGUAGAAAGAUGACUGAAGUGUGAUGGAUCCUCCCCCACUCACUGCCUCCAAUAAAGCUCGUGGUUGUUCGCGCUGACUUGAAUGGGCACCUCAAGUCUCUAUGAGACUAUUCCCUUCUCUAGCAAAGGGAGAUGCCUUCCAGAUGAUAUGAAGGGCCUAUAUCCAUCAUAGUUUCUCAUUGCAGGCUGUCAUUUAUAUAGACUUCCUUUGGGAGCUUGGCAACAAAUUUACUCAACUUGCUCCCAUGGUUCUCGAUUGAUCCCCUCCUGGCAGCUCAAACUAUCAACAAUAGGCUUCAGGAAUACGAAAAGGAUUGGUAUUUAAAGCUGUCAUGCUCAGAGGCCGCUUGCACGAUUCGAUGCUCCUCAGAUCAGCUCCACUGAAUAAAUGGUGUAACAGCUGAUUUUUUUAAGACUCUUGUGAAUCUAGUUUAAGAAGAUAUAUCAAGAAAAGGCCAAAAUCUAUUUUGGCUUGAUUUAUGUUCUCCUGAAAUUAAGGUUCAAUUAAGUUUUGCCUUCUCCGGAAAUAAAAAUCUCUACUUAUUCUGUUGUUUCUUAUUUGUAAUCCUAAUCCUCUUGAUUAAUCAUUUUCUCAAAUAUAAUGAAGGCUCCUCUGACAUGGGCAUCAAGUCAUGUACCACCAACUUGCAUUGUGGAUGGUUUAUGGGAUUUCACAAGACCGGCAUGGAGAGUUCUUCAUUAGAUGGAUAUGCUGCCUCAGUAAAUACAUAUAUGCGUGUCGCAGAAUCAGUUUUAUUUGCUCGUAAAGCUGUCAGGGUUCCCAACCCCUUCCUUUCGGUUUCAAGAUUCUAUAUCUCAUAUGCAAAUGCCAAAGGCUCUCAAAAAGUUCAAGGGUUCACACGCCAGUUUCUUUUCCAAAAGGAGCCAUUAGUAGACUUAAAGCUGAGCGGACUCCGAAGAUGAUUUACUUCCACAGUCUGAGGCUGAUAAGAUUGAAGCAAUGCUUCGGGACUGAAAGGAGUCCUUGGAGUUUCAUAAGAGAUCGUUUGAAUGUGCUGUUGACUCUAUACGAGCUAUAGAAGCCAGUCAUCUUUGGCAGCUUCUGGUUGGUCGUGCUGACUUGAAUGGGCAGCUUAAGGCUCCAAAAGACUGUUUCCUUCUAGCAAAGGGAGAUUUCUUCCAGUGCUUUCUUGAGGAAAGUCAGCAACUGAUGCGCUUGGCACCUCGUCGGUCAACUCCUGAAGCUGAACUUAUGGUCCCCUUUCAACUGGCAGCAAUAAAGACCAUAAAUGAGGAAGACAAAUAUUCAAGAAGUGCUCUCCAAGUGAGAUUCUCGUCACCAUUUGGAACUUACUAACAUCCAAGUUCUGCAGAAAUACUUGAUAUUAUUGACCUUCUUUGAUGUAACACUGAGAACAUUCCAGUUAUCAAAAGGUUUUCUAGUAUCUGCUGCAGCCUAAAUGGAUACAAAUGGAAUUAGAUAAAUCAUGGGCCUCUGUGAUGCAUCAAGACCACUGAGGAUUUGCCAAGCAUAAAAGUGAUAAUACAAACUCAAUGCCUCAGCAGCAUAGGCAGCCCUUUGAACCUAUGUGGCUUGUUAGGGAGCACAUGGCACUCCAGAUCAGAAAUCUUCAGUUUGAUUGUCAAAACUCUUUCUGUAGGUUGAUGUCAAUAGAAUCCCAAUGGAAUGUUCUGCAAGGACACAUUCAUGACUCUUAUGACUUCACGGAACUCGUACGGUUCCAUCAAGAGUACUUGUCGACUUUAAUUUCAAAGUCAUUCUUAGAUACUGGUUCUGCGUUGAGGAUACUGACAGCAUAAUGAAACUACGCCCCUAGUUCUACUGGAACAUUGAGAACCAAGAAAGCUUCACAAAUUCAUCUGAACUGGAGCACAUUACAGAGUUUCUUGUCGGCUUUAAUUUCGGUUCUUCAAAGAUAUUGGCUCUGUGUCGAGGAUAUUGGACAACAUAAUGAAACUAUGCCUCCGAUUCUGCUAGAACAUUGAGAACCAAGAAAGCUUCACGCAUUCAUUUGAACUGGAGCACAUUACAGUGUUGGAGAGAAGCAAGUCUGAUAUGGAUUGUGUGGUUCUGAAGACCACAGUUGACCACCAACAGGGAUAGUGUUUCUGCUGAAUCGCUUGAAUUUGUAGCCUCAAAGCAUCCCAGAACAGAAAUCGUCGCUGAUGAAAUUAGGAUUUCCAGAACAAGCACAGAUGAAGAACUUCGUCAGGAAUUAGCUGAGCUGCAGAGAGCAGCGCCUCUUAAGGAUGAGGUUUCAAGCUGCAAGCCUAUUGAGAGCACGGGAGAAGAUAUAUUAGUUGCAGAUACUUUGUCACGACCUUCACUGACUGUCUCAGAUGUUAAAGUUCCUUGCUCAAGUCAAAAGAUAUUUUCCAAGUUACAAUUUUCUUUUCAAGACCUACUAGCACGAAUGCAGAAGAAAUUGUUAAGAUUACAGUCCAGUGGCUAUACAAGCAAAGAGCAAGUCUGAAAAGCUACUAUGCUGCUGCAACACUUGAACUUUCCCAGCCAGAGAAUGAGGAGCAAAAAGCAAGGGCUUUAGCUGCAACCACGACUGAACUUGAAUGGCGAUUCGACAAAAAAGAUUUUGGUCAAAUGAAGGUAAUUGGGCAAUUCAAUCUUGGGUUUAUCGUUGGAAAGUUGGAUGAAGAUUUAUUUAUUGUAGAUCAGCAUGCAGCUGAUGAGAAAUGUAACUAUGAACGGCUAUUGCAAUCAACCAUGUUCAAUCGACUGCCUUUAUUGAGGCGAGAAGUUGAAUUAUACUUUGCUGGAUCCUCGCGAAUUUUCUAACAGCCUGCUGCUGAAGCGGGCCACCAAAUUGUUGUCUUGAAUCAAUCAUUGUUGCUUGAAUCAAUGCUGAUGCUGCAUUGAGUGUUUGAAAAGUGUGGAUGGCAUAAUACUUCCUUGUAGACAACAAUAUUCUUUUGUAGUUAAAUUCUCUAUAAGAAGAAAUAUGAGUUCCUGUUUA